AUUUCUAAUUCUUACCUCCCGAUUCACGCUUUCCCCUGCUUGGCUUGGAUCAUGAAUGAACAGGACAGUCACUUCGGCCAUUGAUCUUUCAUAUUUCUUCCUCUCGUUUGCUCUCCGAGCUCUUGAGAAGGCUCUAGCGCUUCUGUUUCUUUACUUCGAAACCAAAGAAAGAAGUUUCUGAGCACCCCACGUGUAAAAUGCCUCGAAUCAAACAACAAUUGAAACGAUAGAGCUCCAAUAAUUCGCCCAUUUACAGUACACUUGCCGCUGCACAAAUCUGCACGAUUCUCUCUCUCUCUCUCUCUAAAAUCUCAAAUUCGAAGCUGUGCUGGAUUUUAAAACCUUCACAUCUCAAUUUUUUUCUAGAUUGGUUGCCUGGAUUUUCUCUUGUUGAUUGCUUGCAUCGGAUCAAGCUCUGCAAUUGGAGAGGGCGAAGGUAAUUGGAACUCUUCGAUGCGGUUGUUCGCUGCUGCAGCUGGUGAGGAACCCUAAUUAUUCAGGCUGGAGCAGUUGAGAACAAUCGGAAGGGAGCUCGCUAUGGGCUCCCAGGGGGGAUGGGGUCAAUCCAAGGAGUUCCUGGAUCUCGUGAAGUCGAUCGGUGAGGCCCGAUCCAAGGCCGAAGAGGAUCGGAUCGUCCUGAACGAAAUCGAGAUGUUGAAGCGUCGAAUCAACGAGCCAGAUAUCCCGAAGAAGAAGAUGAAGGAGUAUAUCAUUCGCCUUGUUUACGUUGAAAUGUUGGGUCACGAUGCUUCAUUUGGAUACAUCCAUGCCGUGAAGAUGACUCAUGAUGAUUCUCUGCUGCUUAAGAGGACCGGGUACUUGGCGGUGACGCUAUUUCUCAAUGAGGAUCAUGAUCUUAUUAUUCUCAUCGUUAAUACAAUUCAGAAGGAUCUGAAGUCGGAUAAUUAUCUUGUUGUUUGCGCGGCACUGACGGCCGUAUGCAAGUUGAUCAACGAGGAAACUAUUCCAGCGGUUCUCCCGCAGGUUGUCGAGCUUCUCGGGCACCAGAAGGAGGCGGUGAGGAAGAAGGCUAUCAUGGCGCUUCACAGAUUUUAUCAGCGUUCUCCUUCAUCUGUUACGCAUCUCAUUUCCAAUUUUAGGAAGAGGCUCUGUGAUAAUGAUCCUGGAGUUAUGGGCGCUACUCUUUGCCCUCUUUUUGAUCUUAUCUCAGCAGAUGUAGAUUCUUAUAAGGAUUUGGUUACCAGUUUUGUUAGCAUUCUUAAACAAGUAGCUGAACGCAGAUUGCCAAAGAGUUAUGAUUACCAUCAGAUGCCAGCACCAUUCAUUCAGAUCAGGUUACUGAAAAUUCUGGCAUUGCUGGGCAGUGGUGAUAAGCAAGCAAGUGAACACAUGUAUACAGUUCUUGGUGACAUAUUCAGGAAGUGUGAUUCAUCAAGCAACAUCGGAAAUGCUGUCCUGUAUGAGUGCAUUUGUUGUGUUUCCUCUAUACAUCCAAGCCCUAAAUUAUUAGAUUCUGCUGCUGAAGUUACUUCUAGAUUUCUGAAGAGUGACAAUCAUAAUCUAAAAUAUUUAGGCAUUGAUGCCCUUCGUAGACUUAUGAAGGUAAAUCCAGACAUUGCUGAAGAACACCAGCUGGCUGUGAUUGACUGCCUAGAGGAUCCAGAUGAUACUUUAAAGCGGAAGACAUUUGAACUCCUCUUUAAAAUGACCAAGUCCACCAAUGUGGAGGUGAUAGUUGAUCGUAUGAUUGAUUACAUGAUAAGCAUUAAUGAUAAUCACUAUAAAACAGAAAUAGCAUCUCGAUGUGUUGAACUAGCAGAGCAAUUUGCACCAAGCAACCAUUGGUUUAUCCAGACCAUGAAUAAAGUCUUUGAACAUGCUGGUGAUCUUGUCAAUGUUAAAGUUGCACAUAAUCUAAUGCGUCUAAUUGCAGAAGGUUUUGGAGAUGAUGAUGAAGGCACAGAUAAUCAACUGAGAUCUUCUGCUGUGGAGUCAUAUUUACGCAUUCUUAGUGAGCCAAAGCUUCCAUCUAUGUUUCUGCAAGUAAUUUGUUGGGUCUUGGGGGAAUAUGGAACUGCAGAUGGAAAGUUUUCUGCAUCCUAUAUCACUGGAAAGUUAUGUGAUGUGGCAGAAGCACACCCAAGUGAUGACAUUGUCAAGGCAUAUGCAGUGACUGCAAUCAUGAAAAUAUGUGCAUUUGAAAUUGCAGCUGGGCGAAAAGUUGAACUGUUACCUGAGUGUCAAUCCUUGAUUGAUGARUUAUCAGCUUCCCAUUCAACAGACUUACAACAGCGUGCAUAUGAACUACAAGCAGUCUUGGGCUUAGAUGGCCAUGCCGUUGAGAGUAUAAUGCCGGCUGAUGCAAGUUGUGAAGACAUUGAGGUAGAUAAAAGCCUAUCAUUCCUUAACAGUUAUGUUCAGCAGUCCUUGGAAAAAGGAGCUCAGCCCUACAUUCCUGAGAAUGAGCGGUCUGGGAUUCUGAACAUCAGUAACUUUAGGAACCAAGACCAACAUGAGUCUUCUGCCCAUGGUCUAAGGUUUGAGGCAUAUGAACUUCCAAAACCUUCUAUAACAUUGAGAACUCCAGCUCCAGCUCCAGCUGUUUCAUCCACAGAACUUGUUCCAAUAUCUGAGCCAACUUAUCCUAAAGAAACCAACCAAGCUGCAAAACUGUCAACAGUCACUGAUACAGGAGCAACAGAACUCAAGCUUCGACUUGAAGGGGUUCAAAAGAAAUGGGGUAAACCAACUUACUCCACUCCUGUACCAUCCACAUCAAGCUCUAAUUUGAAAACAACAAAUGGGGUCAACCAACUUGGACAGGCAACACUAAGCUCUCACUCACGUGAUGUAUCUUAUGACUCAAAGAGGCCACAGGCUGAAAUUUCUCCUGAAAAGCAAAAACUUGCUGCUUCUUUAUUUGGUGGAUCCUCAUCAAAACCCGAUAAAAAACCACAAUCUACUAGCCACAAGACUUCAAGACUUGGCAAUCCUGCAUCAGAGAAGCCACAGGUGGCAACUGCAUCAGCCGCAACUACUGAACUUGCUCCGCAGAAGACAGCUCCUGUUCAAACCCCUCCACCAGACUUGCUUGAUUUGGGUGAGCCAACUGUUGGGGAUACCAUYCCUUCCAUUGAUCCAUUUAAACAAUUGGAAGGACUUCUAGGACCACCAGAUGUUUCUUCAUCGACAAAUUCUGGAACUGUUAGUGUCACUCAGCCCCCUGAUCUUAUGGCACUUUAUGGGGAUUCAUCCUUGAGCGGUGUGAGCAGCAGUAUUUCAAAUUUGGUACCAACUAAUUUGGAUUCCAUGAACCUUGUAUCUAGCUCGUCUAGUGCAGCUGACCAUGGAGGAUCUAAGGUUGCACUUUCAGCAUCAUUGAAGAAGGGGCCAAACCCUCAAGAUUCUUUGGAAAAGGAUUCACUUGCGAGGCAGCUUGGUGUGACCCCAUCGAUUCAGAACCCCAACUUGUUUAGAGAUUUGCUUGGCUAGAGCAGGUGAUUCUGUGAUGCAACAUUUCAGGAAUUGGAAUUUAGAAGUUCAAGGGCAAUCGACUCGUGAUUGUGGCUGGCUUUUAUUAUUCAAGCUGGUUAUUUGGAGAAAACAGUUAUUGGGUCGAUUGAGAGACAGUUAUUGGGUCGAUUGAGAGAAAACACCCGAGUCAUUCACCUUUAGAGGCAUGUGUCAAAGGCAGGCUUAUUUGUAUUGUUUAGGAUUUAUGUACUCUUUGUAGUAAUACAAUGACGGAGUGGUGUACAUGGGUGCCUUUUUUGGUUCAAUGAACUGAAAUGGAACCAUACUCCACUGGUUUUGUAUGCACAUUUUAGCGCAUUAGGGAUUUGAAUACUCGGGAACAAAGGGUUUCUGGCAGGCAGACUUGCUUUACGUUGAGAAUAUUGAAUCAUUGGUUUUAUUCUUAUAAUAAGGAUUUAUCUGUCUAUGGAGAGUUCUAUACCUCA